CGAUCACCGCCUCUCCUCGACACCAACAGAAGCUUCUAUCUCCCUCUCCCUCCUCCGAUCUCUAGGGUUAGGGUUAGGGUUAGGGUUAGGGUUAGGGUUAGAGACGAAGAAGGGAGGAUGCCGCAGCGGCACUCGAAGAACAACAAUGACCUCGCGUUCUUCACGUACGAGGAGAAGCGGAAGCUCGGGUACGGGACGCAGCGGGAGCGCCUCGGCAAGGACUCGAUCAAGCCCUUCGACGCGUGUUGCCUCUGCCUCAAGCCCUUCAUCGACCCCCUCUGUUGCCAAAAGGGCCACGUCUUCUGCAAGGAGUGCAUCCUCGAGUGCCUCCUCGCCCAAAAGAAGGACAUCAAGAGGAAACUUGCUGCCCAUGCUGCUCAACAAAAUCAAGAGAAAGAAGAGCAAGAAGAGAAGCUGAUGCUGCAAAAAGCCCGAGAACUAGAGGCUUUUGAUCAGCAGAACCACGGCGCCGUCCCGCAGUAUAAUAACGACAAGAGCAACACGCAUGACAAGAAUGGCUUCCACGGGGCGAACAGUGUAAAAGUAACUUCCUACGAAGAGGAAGCCCUCCGCGACAUGAAGGCCUUUUGGCUCCCGUCGGCUACUCCAGGCGCCUCGGUCAAAGUCGAAGCUCCCUCCACCGACACUAUUUGCCCCGAGGGAAAAGAGAAGCUGAAGCUAAAAGCCCUUUUCCCCAUCUACUUCACGGAAGAUACUGGUAAUGGUCAGAAGAAGACCAGGAGUUCGGACAGCAACUACAUCUGCCCCAGCUGCAAAGUGACCCUGACGAACACGAUGUCGCUCGUGGCUCUCACCACGUGCGGCCACGUGUUCUGUAAGAAGUGCGCAGAUAAGUUUGUGGCGACCGACAGGGUGUGCUUGGUGUGUAGUAGGGAGUGCAAAGUGAGGAACUUGGUUCCCUUGGAGAGAGGCGGGACGGGGUUUGCCGGGCACGACGACAAAUUGGAGGCGACCGACUUCAAGCACUUGGGCAGCGGCACGGGACUUGGGUUGGUCAAGCCUGUCCCGAGGGGUCUCUAGCUGUUGCUUAUAUGCGCACUGCUGCUCGAUAGAUCUUGAUUAUACACAUGCUAAAUGUUGUGUUACAAGUUGUGGUCACGGGCCUUCUAUGCUUGAACAGUUGAAAAUGUGUGCCUCUCUUUUCUCUUCCCUCUUUUGUGAAGGGCUAUAGUUUAGUCGAAUAACAAAUUCUCGGCCUGUUCCCUCAAUUGUUUUUUUUUUCUUUCUUAGCUUUUGAUUAUUUUGAUUUGAGCUAAUUUCGACUAAGUUAUAGUUUUGAUAAA